AGUGACUUUAAAGAUUAGCCUUUUUGGCUGCCUGGGCUGUAUCUUCGGUGCAAGGCUAGUGGGUGUGAUCCCCCCCUCCUCCCUCCCCUCUCCGGUUGGUUGACUGAGGUUGUCGAGCUUCCUAGCCGUAGCCUGCGUUCCUGUAGGGCUGCUCCUCGGAAAACUAACGCUAGCUGGCUAGCUAGUUAGUAAGCUAGCGCAGUGGUCGCCCGUUGAUGCGUGGAUCGGAGGUGUACGCCGUCUUGCUUUCCAGUCAAUGCCAAAACGCAAACACAAAUUGAAACAGAUCAACAAGUGCCCUGGUAGCUGGAGUAAGGUAAUUGAAAAAGCAGAAUAAAAUGAGUGAACUGGACCAGUUACGCCAAGAGGCCGAGCAGCUCAAAAAUCAGAUCAGAGAUGCCAGGAAAGCAUGCGCAGAUGCCACGCUAUCACAGAUCACAGCUAAUAUUGACCCCGUUGGUCGAAUCCAGAUGCGUACAAGACGAACGCUGCGGGGUCAUUUGGCUAAAAUCUAUGCCAUGCAUUGGGGAACAGAUUCCAGGCUCUUGGUCAGUGCCUCUCAAGAUGGCAAACUCAUUAUUUGGGACAGCUAUACCACAAAUAAGGUUCACGCCAUCCCACUUCGAUCUUCCUGGGUCAUGACUUGCGCAUAUGCACCUUCAGGAAAUUAUGUGGCCUGUGGUGGCUUAGACAACAUCUGCUCCAUUUACAACCUGAAAACACGUGAGGGGAAUGUACGUGUGAGCCGUGAGCUCGCUGGACAUACAGGAUACCUGUCCUGUUGUCGCUUUCUUGAUGACAACCAGAUUGUUACAAGCUCUGGAGAUACCACUUGUGCACUUUGGGACAUUGAGACUGGCCAGCAGACAACAACAUUUGCUGGACACACAGGUGAUGUCAUGAGCCUGUCAUUGGCCCCUGACUCACGGUUAUUCGUCUCUGGUGCUUGUGAUGCCUCUGCUAAACUCUGGGAUGUUCGAGAGGGCAUGUGCAGACAGACGUUCACUGGCCAUGAGUCUGACAUCAAUGCCAUCUGUUUCUUCCCUAAUGGCAAUGCCUUUGCCACGGGCUCUGAUGAUGCCACCUGCAGGCUGUUUGAUCUGCGUGCUGAUCAGGAAUUAAUGAUCUACUCUCAUGACAAUAUCAUAUGUGGCAUCACCUCCGUUGCAUUUUCAAAGAGUGGCCGUCUCCUUCUGGCGGGAUAUGAUGACUUCAACUGUAACGUGUGGGACACACUAAAAGCUGACCGGGCUGGUGUGUUGGCCGGACAUGACAACCGCGUUAGCUGCCUGGGAGUUACUGAUGAUGGUAUGGCAGUUGCAACGGGAUCCUGGGACAGUUUUCUGAAGAUCUGGAAUUGAAGAUUGAAGGUUCUUCUUUUAUUAUUACGAUGUUCUUUUAACUCCAAAGUUGACUGGAAGACCAUUACAACUUCAGAAUGUUCACAGCAUCUUCUUCAACACUGUUUAAACAGACUUGGACACCACAAAAACGAAGGGAAACCAAUGCCUUUCCUACACAAAGAAGAGCACAAUUGUUUAUCACCUAGUUAAGAAAGGAUCUCCUGUGGUAUCAAAUCAGAAACUUGUGCAUUCCUUCUUGGACCAUUUUAUGUUACCUUGAAAGAGAAAACAACACUAUCAUCCCAUGCAAAUGUGUGCGUCUUGAAAGCAAAUGUUGGAGUGUAAUUGUACAAAUUAUUUAACUUUUUUCUUUCUUUUUUUUUCUUUUUUUUUUUUAAAGAAUUCUAUUCCGAUGUUUUGUUAUUCUCGAUGGCUUUCUUUUUGUCAUACUUCUUUAGUGGUUUUAGAUAUGUUUGAAUUACAGCUUGUCUUUCUAAUCCAGUUAAAUCAUAUAAGACAGAUGAGAGAAAACAUGCAGCAAGUAAUGCAAGUAAAAGCUUGGAUCAUAUUACACGAGCAGCUUUCAAAAUGUCCAUGAUGUAUUUAUAUACUAGCUGUUUUUGUUUCAUCACAGCCUUUUGCACAUGAAGAAGCUUUGCCUCUCAACUAAUACUAUGUUAACUAACCAAGCACAUGCUAUAAGUUAUGAAUGCUCAUUCCAGUACAAAAGGAGUUAUUACGAGUAACUUAUCCAGUUAACCCCCUUAAUUCUUGUACAUGCCUUUGACUUUGGGUGGGACAGGGUGGGGUAGCAAGCUAGGUGCUGAAAUUUGGGGCAUGGCUGGAUUUUAUUAUAUGGUUGGGAGGGAGGGGGGGUUGUGUUUAGUAUCCACUUUGAGCGAAACACCUCACCUGACUAAAUAGACACUUCCUUUGCUUGGGACUGCAGUUGCAACUCUGUGAAUGAAAUGUACAAAUCAAUGUCUGAAAAUAAUGGUCUGAUGUUUUAAGUUAAGACAUUUAAUUUUGUCUGCCAUGAGUUAAUUUAGAUGUGCAUGCUGUAGACUUGCUUUCAAUGGUGCAAAAUCCUAGAUUUUCUUUUUUUUUUAUCGUUUGUUUCUGAAAAGGAGAGUAACCUGUUGAUUGAACUUAAUAGAAGCCAAAUUUUCUUUGGCUCAAAUUCUGCAUACAUCAUGUACUAAUACUGGUAAUGCUAUGCACCAGAGUGAGCAAGAAUGGAGAAAGACUUAAUAUUGACUGCAUACUUAGUGUAAAUUAUGCUUACCAGUUCUAUUGAUGCCAAUUUUUGUAAUAAUUAUAACAAUCAGUGUGAGAAUUCUAUCCUUGAAGUCCUUUUUCUCUCCUUCAAAUCUUCACACUCAAUGGAACAAAAACGUCCUCACAUACUGUCCAUACUAAAAACUUUUGUACAUUUUUUUUUCUUGGUCUUAAAUUGAAAAUCAGAGCAUCUGAAUGACAACAUUUCACUGUAUACAGAAGCACUUUUGUUAAAGUUGUGACAUAUUUUCACUUUUCUUUUUUUCUGCGAUGAUGUACAAUAAAUGUGAUGUAUUCGUGUGUGGCCACAAGUGAAAAUGCAAUUCAACUGAGAUGGAUUCCCUUUUCUCUUUCCAUUAAUAUUAUAGAGCUCUGCACCCUUAUGUACCUUUUCACUUUUUGUAUUUCAUUUCAGUCUGUUGGUGUUACACGGUGAGCUGGAUGCAAGAUAGAUACUGUACUAAAUUGUACUGUUAUUGAUUGAAAAAUGUAAUAAAACGCUGUUUGAGAUCUCC